AUGCCGUCGGCCGUCUCUCCUGAACCCACACCCCUGCCGAAAUGGCAGCGCCCAGCCAAGACCACGCAUGAUCUCCCCUGGGCGGAUAUCAAAGUGAUCGAUAUUGGCAAGUUUGACGAGCCGGGUGGCAAGAAGCAGCUUGCUGAGGAACUGCGCCAAGCGGUUCACGAGACGGGCUUCUUCAGUCUAAUCAAUACUGGCUUUACACCUGAAGAGGUACAGCGCCAGUAUGACAUCGGGCAGGGAUUCUUCGGCCUCCCCGUUGAAGACAAGGCAAGGCCAGGAAACACGUGUGACUUUUCCAAGGGGAACUACUUUGGAUACAGGCCGUUUCACGAUAAAAAGAUGCAAGGGACAGAAGUACUCAACAAUGUGGAGUCAGUGAACAUUGCCAAGUUCAUUCCCAAGUAUGCGAAUGAGCCAUUCCACCCUUUCUUCGAGCCAUACCGCGAGGAGAUUGAAGAUUUCUCCAGGCGUUCGCUUGAGAUAGCUAGCAAGGUCUUCACACUGUUUUCCAUCAUCCUCGAGCUUCCUGAAGACUACUUCUCCUCCCGCCACGCUUACGAAGAUCCCAGCGAGGACCACCUGCGGUACAUGGGCUACCAUCCGCGAUCUCUCGCUGACGACCUCAAAGUCGCCAACACGUGGUCGCGCGCCCAUACUGACUUUGGAUCCCUGACGCUGCUGUGGAGUCAAGACGUUGCUGGCCUUCAGAUAAAGACGUCGUCGGGCGAAUGGAAGUAUGUCCCGCCUGUCGACAAUGGCAUCGUCUGCAAUGUGGGCGACAUACUCGACUUCUGGUCUGCAGGGUACCUCAAGUCGACGACGCAUCGGGUCGUCCGGCCCCCGGAAGACCAGGCUCACCUCUUCCGCCAGGGACUGUUUUACUUUGUGAGACCUGGUGACGAUGUCGACAUCAAGCCUGCUCCAUCUCCACUGCUAAAGAGAUUAGGGAUCGUCAAGCAGGAUGCCGAGAACGCGGAGCCAGUCACUGGUCUGCAAUACGUCAGAGAGCGCGUAAAGAACUACCAUCAUCACAAUGAUUACGCAGACAUGAAGGGCAAGAAAUUCAAGGUUGGCAACUUGGAGAUUGAGGAUGAAGCAGAUUGA